ACACCCCUCCAGCGGCUGAUGCGCCUCCCUGGCACUCUGUCUCCCUGUUGUCUCUCCAUGGCCGUGUGCGCACAGGUGCCCGUGUCCUGGUGUCUGCAGGACUUUGGAGAUGAAUGAACUGCUGUGCGGCGGUCUUUAACCUGAGAGCGUUCGUUUUCAAGCGUUUCGGCCAUGGCAAAUGUACGAGGAGUAACCAGAAGUGAUAUCUGGGUGAAUUUGACCGAUGUGUACCCUUCGUCUGCUGGAGAUGAGCCAACGCGCUAUCCCGAGGACUUCUUGGGGAGUGUGGCCGGAGAGCGGUUAACAGACAACACAGGGGGCGUUGAUGCCACUCUCUGGGCUACAGGUGCCGUCCCCGCCUCUCUAAAGGAUGAUUUUUGGGAUUCUCCCCUGAACCACUGGAUUAACGUGUUUGUCGGCUGCGUCCUCUGCUUCACCAUGCUAGGUCUGGGCUGUACAGUGGAGGUGAGCCAGUUUGGGGAGCACAUCAGGAGACCCAUUGGAGUCUUGCUGGCCCUCAUCUCUCAGUUUGUCAUUAUGCCCCUGGUGGCCUUCCUCCUGGCGCUUAUCUUCUCGCUGAACGAUGUGGCUGCUAUCGCCGUGCUCCUCUGUGGCUGCUGCCCUGGAGGGAACCUCUCCAAUAUAAUGUCUGUCUUGGUGAAUGGAGAAAUGAACCUCAGCAUUAUAAUGACAAUCUCAUCCACGGCGCUGGCUCUCUUCCUCAUGCCGCUCUGCCUGUGGCUUUACAGCCGAGCCUGGAUUAACAAACCUGUGGUGAAGCUCAUGCCCUUUGGAGCCAUCAUUCUGACCCUGUGCAGCACCCUGAUUCCUAUUGGACUGGGGGUUUUAAUCAGACACAGGUACAGCAGAGCGGCUGACAUCAUCUUGAAGAUCUCCUUGUGGUCGAUGCUGAUCACUUUGGUUCUUCUCUUCAUCCUGACCGGUUCCAUGCUUGGACCAAAGCUACUUUCCACUAUCCCUCCCUCGGUUUACAUGGUGGCAGUCCUGAUGCCCUUUGCUGGCUAUUUAUUAGGAUAUGGCCUGGCUGCCCUUUUCAAGUUGCCUCCAAACAGUCGGAGAACAGUAUCCCUAGAGACAGGUUGCCAAAAUGUUCAGCUAUGCACCGCCAUUCUAAAGCUUGCUUUCCCACCUCAUAUUAUAGGCAGCAUCUACAUGUUUCCACUGCUUUAUGCCCUCUUUCAGGCAGCCGAGGCAGGCCUCUUUGUCCUAGGGUACAAGGUAUAUCGGCGAGAUGUCCUUCAUAAGCAGGAAGAACCCGACGAGGAUGAGGACACAGAUAUCACUUAUAAAAAGCUAAAGGAGGAGGAGAUUUUGGGGGAUGCUGCUUACGGUUCAGUGACUGUGUGUGAGCACAACUUUGGCAGCAGUGAAGCGAGACAGAAUGAAACACAAAUGUAGUGUCUAGCGGCAGGCCGCAGGCUGAAUGGUGCAUUACUGGACCAUUACCACAGAUGCUGCUACUCACAGAUAAAAUCUCAGCACACUCAAGGGUUCCUUCAUCUUACUGUGAUUGUCACUGAUUCAGUUUCAUGAGCUUCAGUGAGACCAUGGCUUUUAUCAUUAGUCACAGGUCAAAUACUGGUAUUAUGAAAUGCUGUUGCUAAUGCCUUAGAGUGUAACUGUGUAGUUUUUGCAUCAUGAGUGCACACAUUGUGUCUGUCACACAUGCAGAGGACAAAAAAGGCCCUUCUGACUGAAUCCACAGGCCUUUCAUUCAUUCAUUCAUGUUUAAAGUGCCAGAAGCAUUUUACUGACUAUCUAAAUCCGACCAUCAUUUGUGCCCUUCGUCCCAGACGUAGCCCUAUGUGUAACAUGUUGUUGUCUGAUAAACCUCGACUAAACACAGGACAGGAAAAUGACUGCCUUAAAGGUGUCAUGGAAAUACCAAUGGAAUAGUUCCACUUUUGUUCUGAUACAUAUAAGUUCAGCUCUUACUUGAUAUUUAAAAACAUAAUCUGUGUUUUUUUUACAAUGUAAUUGGAGAUGUGAAAUAUUCACAAUAAUUAUUAUGUUUGGUUUUUUUACUGGUGAGUUAAAAAGAAAUUGGGAAAUGACGUCUGCUGAAAACAUUAUCUUUGAAAUAUUUUGGAGUCAUACUGUAAAACAAUACUUAAUUAUUACCCAGCACUGAAAGUUUACUAAAACUAAUAAUUUCAUAAUCUUUCAGAAUAUACUGAAUGGCAGAAAUGUCAUAGCUUCAUGUUCAUACAAGAAAAAAGUCUGAUGUGGCUAGCACGUAACUUUCUGCAUAUUUACAACAUGAACUUCCAAAAUAUAUGGAAGAUGCAAUUCCAUUAGUGUACUUGAAAAGUUUGAACUGUAAACAUUCAAAGUCUGACCUUUGGAGUGAAAUCAAAAUUCACAAAAGUCUUUCUUAAAUUCAUAUGCCCAGCUCUUUGAACAUCUGAGCAGUGCUCUUGUUGUUGCUGGUAUCAGCUGUAUGAACUUUGAACUUUAAGAACUAGAAACUUGAAUAGUCGGAGUUCACUGAAAACCUGUUUAGUUCUUAAUAUUAACAAGUGCAAGUCCACAAAAUGUCACAAGAAUCAGUCCAUUCAUUUCAACAGUGUUCAGAAAAUCUUUAUCAUGCACGCAAACACACAGUCAAUGAUAUUUCCCAAAAUGCUCAACAUAGUAUAGGAACAGCAGAACAUGUUUCUCUGUUGAAAACAUUAAGUUGACUUUUUCAUGAAAACAAGUCCUCCAAUAUGAAAUAUGGAAAAAGUAAAAAAAAAAAAAAACAAUGAAGAAUUAAUGUAAUGAAACAGAUCAAAUAUUUGCUGUGCAUAUCAAUUUAUUAAGUUUACUUUUAUUUAUUAUUUUUUGACCUACCAUACAUAUUUCAAAAUGUAGGCUGUCCUGGCAAGAUCAGGAACAGGGCAGCAACUAAACAUAUUUGGGCACUAGUCCAUUAUAAUAAACAUUUAAACUCAGUUAUACUGGGUCAGAUUGCAGUCACCAGUUAACCUAAACCACAUAUCCAUGGGUCACAGGGAGGACAUGCUAACUCCACAGAGAUUGUAAACAUUCAGAGUGGUGGCUCUGAGGCUAGGGAUCUGCACUGCCAAUCGGAAGGUUGCCGGUUCGAAUCCCGUAAAUGCCAAAAGGGACUCUGCUCUGUUGGACCCUUGAGCAAGGCCCUUAACCUGCAAUAGCUGAGCGCUUUGAGUAGUGUGAAAAGCACUAUAUAAAUGCAAAGAAUUAUUAUUAUUAUGAAAUUUGAUCCUAGGAACUUUAAAGCUGAGAGGAAGCAGUGCUAACAACUAUAUAACCACAACGGCCAAAUUCACUUUGGUAAUUCAGAUAUCAAUUCAUGUAAGAAAAUUUAAAUACCACACACUAUGUUUUCAAAAAAAACUGCCUGAAAGGAGACAAAGGUUAGUUGUGGAUUUAUGAGUUUAAAAAAGUAUAUUAGUGUUUCAGUCUUCAUAAAUAUGUAUCUUUUACCCAAGUGAUAUUCAAAUCAAGAAUAAUUUCUUUAAGCCACAGUCAAUUGAAAUUCUUGUCUUAAUUAGUCAUUGUUUUAAUACACGUAACAUUGGAUUAUUAUUAUUGCCUAUAACAUAUUCUUAUGUAUUGUUUUUUUAUGGUUUGUAAGGUGCGAUUGACACAAGUGCUGUUGUUUCAUGUAACUAGUGUAACUAACUUUUGACAUCAAACAAAAGGGACGUUCACCUUGUGGACAGAGGGAUUCAUUUCAGUACUCACAGGUGUAUAUGUUGGUACUGCUGCCCACCACACCAAACUUAUCGAACAUCAUUACUCAUCUUAUAUGGUUGUCUGACAACACUCCUUCCUAACGCUGCAAUACACGUGUCUAUAAUUAUUAUCCAGUAGCUCAACAAUUAACCAUACAUUCAGUAUAUGCUGCAAAUAAAUAUAUCCUCAAACCUACUGACCCCCAAUUUGGGGCCAUAAACAGCUGAACAUAUCACAGCAGCACUGGAUGCAAGGCAGAAAGCUGCCCUGGACAAGGUGCAAGUGCAUCAUAGAAAUCAGUAAUUGUUUCUGUUAGAAAAUGUUAGGACGUAAAGCAAUAUAAAUGGAGAACUUGCCUGUAUGUUAACUACUAGUGAUACACUUUGUUUUACCUAUGUUGAAGAAAAAAAGUAAAAGCUGCUGGUUCAUCAUGACUCCUGUGCAAAUCAAAGAAAAGAUAGACUUGUGUUGAAAGGAAGAAGGUCUUUGUAUUUGAAUAGGGCUUUUUUGCUAAGAAAUGUAAAAUGGACAUACAAACCAUUCUUAAGAUCACUGAGUUUUAGUACAUUUUAUUUCAUAUUGAAAAAGAAUGUUGUGAGUCAAAAAUAUAAACUAUUAAAAUCUAUGCAACUGAUAUAAAAACAUUCAUCCAUUUUCUAAACCUGCAUAUCCAGAGCAAUUGCAGUUGUUGAGUGCGACAUGCUCUCUAACUUGGAGUUUUGUCAUGUGCCAUCAGUCUUGGAUUGACUGGUGAUUCCAAAUUGGCAAUACUUGAGACCAUCUGCAUGUAUAAGUGAACCCUGAGAUGGACUAGCUGUCUCCUUCAUUGGUUACUGCCUUGCAACUGACACUGCUAGAAUAUGCCCUGGUCCCCACAACCCUGAUUUGGCCCAGGUAGGUUAUGAAAUAUUAUCUUCUCUUUCCCAUCACAGAUGCCACCGACUUGGAAGUAUUUGCUUCCUUUGUGCUGCCUCACACAGUCAGUCUGUUAAUUCCAGUGUGAAUCACCUUUUAAAGUAAACAUCCAAGCAAACAGUGAAACUUAAAAAAAAUGGUGGAAAACAUUAUCAACCUUAAGGGCUGGAACUAAAUGUCCUAGCAGUGUGCUGCUAAUUGUAAAGAAUACUCUUAAAAUCCAUCUUAAACUUUUAUUAUAUUCAAAAGUGUUUCAGUAUUGUAGAAUUAUUUGUUUUGGAUGAGAUGUGUGAAAAAUGUUCUACAGCAAGUAAAAACACAGCAGAUGCUUGUCAGAAUCUACAUGUGGAAAUUGGAAAUGGAAGGAAGCCAGUGGCUGACGUUUUACAGUAGUACUGGAGAGAACCAAUUUCAAAAAAUGGAUGAACCUGAUGGUAGACAGAGGUCUGCUCUGCAAAUACACUGAGUGAUGACACAGUAGGGUGAGUGGACAAUUGAGUCUGAAUGAAAUAUUGGUGUGUGAAUGGUUGGAUGAAAACUUGCUUUUGAGUUGCUGUACUUGUAAUGUGUCCUUCACUCUCUGUGAAUUCCCCUAGUCAUGUGUAUGCAAAAUGCGAUGUAGUGGAAAACACACAAACGUGUAACAACAUUGACAGAAUGACAGCUGCAUAAUAUGGAUCUGACUCGUGCAAAUCUGUCUGCUGGCUGAACAAUUUGGAGGAUGGGCAGAACACCUAGCAGCCAUGUGAUGAAAUAUUCAUUUAGGCAGCACUGACCUCCAAAACAGGGAAGUACCUGAAGAGAGACCCUUUUUCUAUUCUGGGGACUUACACAAUUGUGCUGUCUUUAAUCACUGAGAGUUUAAAUUGGAAUUCUACAUUAAAUGAUAAGCUCUUCAUGUGUUUAUUCAAUAAAAAAAAAAGUAAUGGUGGAUGCCCUACUGUCUCUUGGUGUUCAUUAAGAGAUGAAUAUGGUAGUUCUUGCUUGUAGUUCAUCAAAGUUCAUGGGAAAGGUUGCCGCCUUUUGAAUGGGUGAAGGCUGGGAUAAAGAUAAGAUUAGAUUAUAUGAGAAGUAUUUAUUGUCAUUAUACCAUGUAUAAUGAAAUUACAGAGCAGGUACUCCAUCAGAGGCAAUGAAAAAAAUAAAGAAAUGCUAAAUAAAAAGAAUAUAAUGAAAGUGGGAGCAAAACUGUGAGCAAGGUGAGCAAAGAGAAUUCAUUGAUUCCAGGAGGGUUAUUGGAACUGAGCAAAUUCCCACUGUCAACUACAGCUAAUAUACCCAUGAGUCAACAGCAUUAACCCUAACAGGACUCAAAACUACGGAGCAUGAA